AUGAUUACCAAACCAACGACAAAUCUACUGUGGAUUUUUCACAGCAUUCAAAUAUUUCUGGUAGUCACCGAAGCUAUUCAAUUAAAUGUUUCUAUAUCCGAGAGAGAUCGUCUACCUGAUGAUAUAGACGAUAGCGUUGAUGAUGUCCAGUACGAAAUUCGGAGUGAUGUGUCACCUGAAACAUUGUCUUUAUUUACGGGUAGAUUUCUACAAACUGCAGCAUUAGAACUAAGAUUCUCCUUUCCCUGUCCCGAGACUCCGGCAGGUAGAGGACCAAACACGACACGAGCUCCUACAUCGAUAGCAGAAGGGCAAAUCGAUCUAUUGACUUCGGGUUCGUGUCUAAUUCUGAAUUUGGCCUCAGAAAAUUUUACGUUAUUAUAUAACCAUCAAAAAGAUAUUAAAGAACCUGACUUAUCAGGUACGUGUACCUCAAAGCAAACAUUGGAAAUGACAGUCGAUCCGGACUUAUUAGAUCGGGCUGAUUGUAACACUGGAGGCAAGGAUUAUAUAGAACUACAGCUUUCUCUCAGGAAUGAAAACAAACAUUUGUCACGGAAUGUCGGAAGCUUGGUAGGACUAGUGUCGGCUGCCAUCUUUCUAGAACCAGAAGAAUUUACUUGUGAUUUUGAGAACGGAUGCCAAAUGGAAUUAGACCCGACGACUAUGCUGACGUGGACAGCUGGACAGACGCUGUGUUCCCUGAAACGGCAGGACAGAUAUCGCGUGUUCCGCCGAGUUCACUGUGAUGACUACUCCACAUUUAUACCUGUCAUUGAUACAACAGUCGGAUUACCACAAGGCAAGUUUGGAUUUUUUCUUCCUAUGAAGUCUACUGUGAGUACCACCUUAUCCACACCCAUAAUCCUCGGCAGUUCCGCCGGAUGUACGCUCAAGAUGUCAGCGUGGAUACAUCGGGGUGACGUCAUUAUUGCUAUCCGUACGACAAACGUCACCAAGUCGGUCGCUCACUUCGACAGAAAUACAGUAGCUCAAGGGCAGAGACAUUGGCAGAAUAUUUCUGUACAUAUAGGACGGGUCCACUCUGCGUUCUCCAUCGAUAUUCUGCUGCACAGUGCUAGUGGAAAUGUAGCUGUGGACGACCUAGCCUUGCUGCAGUGUGGGGAGACUGAAGAUAAGGAAUUGCCACCUCUGGCAUGUGGAACGGGAGACUUCCAGUGCAGCACCUGCCAUUGGCUACCUCAUUCUAAACUCUGUGACCUCAUUCCUGACUGCCUGUUCGGCGAGGACGAAUUCGUUUCUAGAUGCUAUGAGAACCAGUGGAAUGGCAGCUGUUCGUUUGAUAAUGGUUGGUGUGGAUGGUACAACACCAGCCCCUUCCGCAUUGCUACAGGCUGUGUAUUCGACCGAGCCAACUACACCGAAAUCGACAAGGAGGAUAUUGAUAACACCCACGGUGUUGUGUUACAACUGAGAGGGAAGCAAUGUUCGGCGAGCGAAUAUGCUGUCAUUUACCGGGAGGUUCCGGCACUCUACUACACUAACAACACUUGUCAGCUACGUUUUUCCGUGCGUAACGUAAGACGAGAUAGGGUUGGUGUUAAUAUAUAUGAGAUGCUGGAUUCCGACCAGGUGACGGGCAUGUCUCUCACGGUAGACUCCACUCCGUCUAAAAGUCCGAAAUGGAGACAUUACAACGCAGUACUCCCUGUUACCUCCGACAGGCUUGCGUUGGAGAUUUGGGCCCAAGUAUUUAUUUCUGAGGAUAUUCUUAUGGAUUUUGUAUCCCUUUCUCCGGAUUGUUUCCAACAAGUUGAACCUGAUGUACACAACGACACCAUGAUGUUUCUUCGGGUUACAGAAUCCGAGAAGAAGCGUUCCGGAAUCGUCCUGAUCGUACUGGGGACUGUGACUGGGCUGGUGGCCUGUCUCACAGCCCUGGCUGUGGCAUUGAUAGUGAUGAGACGAAGGCGGAAGGCGGUAGAGGGUUCUGUUAAGAGACCCUAUUCUCCUCGCAAAAGCUCGGCUCACUCCUCUACUACCAUGUCCACCACUCUGUCCUGCCUGGAAGACAAGCGCACUCUCCACGACGAGCCUCUGCUUGAGGAGGAUACGACUUCCGACCGCCAGGCGUCGCUGAACGGAAGUAUCUGUAACAUGACUAUCUCACCCUAUUACGAAUGGAUACAGGACAGUGACGAAAUGAUACGGAAUAUUCCCAGGUCAAAAAUAAGACUUGUAAGUAUGAUUGGUAAGGGUGCAUUCGGAGAAGUAUUUUACGGAUUGUUGGCAGACGUAGCUCAUCUGCGAAAGGAAUUACCAGUCGCCAUCAAAACGUUACCAUCUUUGUGUUCGGAGCAAACGAAAUCAGAAUUUUUUUUCGAAGCAAUUAUUUUAAGUAAGUUCAAACAUCCAAAUAUCAUCCGAUUUUUGGGAAUAUCGAUCGACGAUCGAUCCAUGUUUUUGAUAUUAGAACUGAUGGAAGGAGGCGACCUGCGAACGUUUGUCAGAGACGCACGCCCCAGAGAGAAAGGAGAAUGUUCAUCUCUCAGUAUUUUGGAUUUGUUGAAAUUAUCCUGUGACAUAGCGAAGGGUUGUCAGUACCUCGAGAGCAACAAGUUCAUUCACAGAGACAUUGCAGCCCGGAACUGUUUACUCACAGAAAAGGGUCCCAACCGGGUAGCCAAAAUAGGAGAUUUUGGGAUGGCAAGAGACAUUUUAAGAACAAACUACUAUCGGAAGAACGGCGCUGCUAUGAUUCCUGUGAAAUGGAUGCCACCGGAAGCAUUCAUGGACGGCGUUUUUACGUCCAAAACAGAUGUCUGGGCGUUUGGUGUAGUGCUAUGGGAAGUGUUUACUAUGGGGUUCGUUCCUUACCCAGGGAAAACCAACGCUGAGGUGAUGAAGUAUGUCCUUGGAAACGGCCGACUGAACCAACCGCCUCUGUGUUCGGGAGAACUAUAUGAAUUGAUGAUGAAAUGUUGGAAAACAAAACCAAAGGAGAGGCCUUCAUUCGUCUCUAUAGCUGAAUCCAUGUCAAAGAUCAAACAGGAAAAUAACAAAGAGGAAGCAAUCACGCUCACCAAUCUCUCCAAAGAGCCUGCUCCUUUUGUGAUAGAAGUUGACGAGGAACAAUGUCUAACAGAAAACCAUGGCAACGAACUUAACAAUAUAAGUUCACGAACCUGUUCGCCUGGACAUGUUUCUCUUCUCAGUAUGAAUAUGACCGGAAAUGGUGCAAUUUCCUAAUAUUUCACAGUGAAAUAUGCUGUUUACUGUUAUUGUAUGUAUAAAAUCAAAAUGUGUACCCGUUUGACGAGGAAUAACUGGUCUGUGUGCCACACCAUUCAUUUGGGAACUAAAGUGAGUACCGGAAGUGCAUCAGGAUUUUUGUUAUAUAUAUUGGUGAGAAUGAGAUAAAAACAUACAUUUACAUGUGAAGUAAUCAUCUUGAAUUGUAUAAGGAUGUACGAGAAGUGUGAAAGUCACGUUUUGGAAAUUUGAAGGAUUGUGAUCAAACUGUAAUUGUCAUUCAAUUUGUGUUAUCUCGUUAAAGUAUCUGUGAUAAUUGUCAUAGGUUGUGAAAAUGCGCUUCAUCCCGGAGUGGGAUCCGCAAAAUGGCGGUGUAAA